UAACCCUGCUGACCUGUUAGCUUAACUAGCCCUGCUGACCUGUUAGCUUAACUAACCCUACUAUCCUGUUAGCUAGGUGGAGGCUGCCCUGCUAACUAACUCUUCCGUCCUCACCAGGAGUCGUCACCACCAUCUCGAAGCUGACGAAGCUGUGCGUCCUGAGACUGACCCCAGACCACCUGUUCUUCGUUCUGUCCGGUAAAGUGGCCAAUGGAGGGGUCAGCAUGUGGUGUGAACUGUCACAGGCCAACUUCUUUGAUGAGUACCAGAUGGAGGGUGUGUCCCCUGAGGACAAUGAGAUUUGUCUGGAGGUGACUCCAGAGAACCUGUCCAGAGCCCUGAAGACGGUCCAGAACGCCAAGUCCGUCAAGGUUAAACUGACCAAGAAGCACUGCCCCUGCCUCACCAUCGCUGCGGAGCUGCCCACCCUGUCCAGCAUCAGUCGAGUCGUCACUCACGACGUCCCGGUCAACGUCAUCCCCCGCAGACUCUGGCAUGAAUUCAAAGAACCAAACAUGCCAGACUUUGAUGUCAGCAUCUACCUGCCUCCUCUGAAGACCAUGAAAAGCGUCGUGGACAGAAUGAAGAACCUCUCAAACUUCCUGGUAAUCGAGGCCAACCUGAGCGGACAGAUGAAUCUGAAGAUUGAGACCGAUCUGGUUUCCGUCACCACGCACUUCAAAGACCUGGGGAAUCCACCGUGGGGUGAAAGGGCGACGACGCCUCACAGGACGACAGUGCGUCUCGGAGCAGGGACCCAGAGUCCAUGGCUGAGGCCCGAGUGGACAUCAGGAGGCUGCAGCAGUUCCUCAUGGGACAGCAGGUCAACCCCAGCAAGGCCAUGUGCAAUCUCGUCUGUCAGAAGGUCGUCCACCUGAUUCUGCUGCAUGAAGAUGUGUCGCUCCAGUAUUUCAUCCCUGCUGUGGCGUAGACUGCCGAGCUCACGAGUUGUUUCUGCUCGCUGUGAGUUUAGGGAAAUGAAAACUGGGCUGUUUCCUGUCGGGGCCCAGGAGGAGACACGUGUCACAACAAUGUCAAGAGUUCUACUGUCCCAUGUUUCAGUGACCAUGCUCCUUUCCAGAUCUGUCGCUGGACCUCAGGAAGAUACUGACCUCUGGUGGACAGAUGGUAAACACACAUGAAGGGACAUUUGUGGCAGUUCACGAGAUGAACGAGAGCAAACUUUGCACAAUCCUUGUUUCAGGAAGUACAGAUGUUAUAUUUGACAUUAAAAGUGUCACA